AAAGUUACAGUUAUAAAAAUGCCAAAUCCAAACACCAUAUUGACUACUGUUACUGUUACUCAUCGCGCCGCCCCGCCCCCUUGUUCCUCCACAAUGCGGCCGAAACCCCUCUCUCCAACGAAGGCGCCACCCAUCCUUCCGGAGGAGCUGAUCGAGGAGAUUCUGGUGAGGGUUCCGGCGAGUACCCUUGUGAAAUUGAAGAUUGUGUGCAAAUCAUGGAAUGCACUCAUCUCCAAUCCCGAAUUCACCGGCGACAACGUUCACCGGUCAAUAGCAGAUCCAAGACUGGUAUAUCGCUCUCGAAGUAAAUGCAAAAUCCACUUUUCGUCGGUGCAGUCUCUGUUCAAGAACUCAUCCGCCCUUCUUACCAAAGAUUGCUGCUUCGAGAUGGAUGAUGAUCUGCAUAUCUUGGGUUCCUGCAAUGGCUUGAUCUGCCUUGGCUUGAUGAGCGGUCCUUUUCACUUGAGAUCCAUCCGAUUGUGGAACCCCUGUACCAGAUCGGCAUCGGAUUGGUUGAAAAUUCGGGCGAUAGAUGGUGACAUGUAUGGUUUUGGCUAUGAUCAUGUGCAUGAUAAUUACAAGUUUCUUGAGUGUUGUUGGAGAUACGGCCACAAAAUUCACACCUUCGGUUCGAAUUAUUCGACAACCAUCGUUCAAGAUCCCCCAUCUUACCACCCCAAGCUGCGGAUAGGGACGUUUGUGUAUGGCACUCUGAAUUGGGCAGCUCAGGCUCGUAGCAACUCUCUCGAAUGGGUGAUCCUUUCCUUUGACUUAGCCAACGAGAAUUUUUCCCCAUUGUCUCUGCCUGAUAUGAAUAAUAGGGACGAGCAUUAUGAUCCUGCGGUGGGUGUGUUGAGGGACAGGCUUUGUGUUUGUUUGAAGGAAAACUAUGGUGGUUGGAUUUUUUGGGUGAUGGAGGAGUAUGGGGUUCAAGAGUCUUGGACUCAGUUGCUGACUGUAUUUAGUAAUGAGCACGUAUAUCCACCCAUAUUUUAUUCAUUUAAAGCCAUGUACAUGACGGAAAACGAUGACGUUCUGGCUGUUUCCUCUCAAUUUUUGAAAUUACUUAUUAUUAAAGCAAAUGAUGUCCGUACAUCGCAACGAAAUUUUGUCGACGCAGAUCAUCGGAAUUGCUAUGUUUACCAUGAAAGCUUGGUUUCGCCCUCCCAUUUAGGUCUUCCAAGUUUCUACUACUGAUAAAA